GCCUCGCGCUGCUCCCAGGGCCAAUGGGCGCGGGCAGCGCGGUCACGUGCUUGGUGCUGGGCUCGCGCCCUGAGCUUGGUGUGUGAGGGAUAAGGAGGAGGCGGCGGAGCGGAGCAUCACCGGGAUACCGUGACGUCUAAUAUGGUAGUCGUGCAGUAAAUUAAUGGAUGAGUUUCACCUUCUGUAACGCAAAACCAACUGCUGUGAGAUUAUUCUAUACACAAUAAAACCUUCUUUCUGGUUGAUAUAACAUGCUGCAAACACAUUAAAUUGGCUGCGUGAACAUCUGGUGCGUAUGAGGACCUGGAGACUUAUGUGGAGUUUGUGCUACACAGAGGCUUCCCUGUGGAUACCUGCAGAGAAAAGUGAAGUGGAGCUGCAACACUGAAGCCUAUUCAUCAUGCGAUCCAUCCGAUCAUUUGCUAAUGAUGAUCGCCAUGUUAUGGCAAAGCACUCCACAAUAUACCCCUCUCCAGAGGAGCUGGAAGCCGUCCAGACCAUGGUGUCUACAGUGGAAUGUGCCCUAAAGCAUGUCUCAGACUGGAUGGACGAGGACCAUCAAUGUGUGACAGUGGAGAAUGACCUUCAACCUAAACAAGAGGACCAGGACGAAAGCUCCAAGGAUGAGAGUGGCCGGGUGUUAUGUGGAGUCAUGAGAAUCGGCCUGGUUGCCAAAGGUUUGCUCAUUAAGGAUGAUAUGGAGCUAGAACUGGUACUUCUGUGCAAAGAGAAACCAACAGAGAGCUUGUUAGUGACUGUAAGAGACAACCUUCCUCUACAAAUCCAGAAACUCACAGAAGAGGCGUAUCAAGUGGAACAGUGCAUAGAAGAUGCAUCAAUAGUCGUACAUAAUUCAAAGGAACCCAAGUUAACCCUUAAAGUUAUACUUACAUCCCCACUGUUCAGAGAAGAGGAAGAGGAAGACCGAGCAGGUGGAGUAGAAAAUGUUGCGAUGAAAGAUCCACCGGACUUAUUGGACAGGCAGAAAUGCCUGAACGCCUUGGCGUCUCUUCGACAUGCCAAAUGGUUUCAGGCGAGAGCAAACGGAUUAAAAUCUUGUGUAAUUGUACUACGUAUUCUGCGAGAUUUGUGCAACAGAGUACCCACCUGGGCGCGGCUGAAAGGAUGGCCAUUGGAACUCAUAUGUGAAAAAGCCAUAGGAACGUCUAAUAGGCCACUGGGCGCUGGUGAAGCAUUACGAAGAGUCAUGGAGUGCCUGGCAUUUGGCAUCAUUUUGCCUGGAGGGCCAGGUCUUUAUGAUCCGUGUGAAAGGGAACCCACAGAUGCUUUGGUCUACAUGACGGUGAAAGAGAGAGAGGAGAUCACACAAAGUGCACAGCAUGCACUACGUUUAUUAGCCUUUGGACAAAUAUACAAAGUCUUGCAGAUGGACCCUCUACCAUCAAAUAAACCCUUCCAGAAAUAUUCCUGGUCAAGUACAGACAGGGAAGGUUUGAAGAGGCCAUAUGAUGAUGGUUCUUGUGAUGACAAAGACCCAAAUAAAAAGAUGAGACGGAACCUGCGUAAAAUUUUAGACAGCAAAGCCAUAGAUUCCAACCAGCCAAUGAAUGCACUGAUGCGACUAAACCAAAUUCGGCCUGGCCUGCAGUACAAACUUCUGUCUCAAUCAGGUCCAGUACAUGCACCUGUCUUCACCAUGUCUGUAGAUGUAGAUGGAACAACACAUGAGGCCUCUGGUCCAUCAAAAAAGACAGCCAAGCUUCAUGUAGCAGUAAAGGUGUUACAGGCCAUGGGAUACCCAACUGGUUUUGACACUGAUAUGGAGUGUCUUAGUUCUGAUGAAAAAUCAGACAAUGAAGGGAAGAAUGAGACUGUCUCUAUAAAUUCCAGCAAUAACACCGGAAGCUCUAGUACAGAUAGCUCCAACACACUGGAGGUCCGAACGCAGGGCCCUAUCCUUACAGCAAGCGGAAAAAAUCCAGUUAUGGAGCUAAAUGAAAAGAGACGAGGGCUGAAAUACGAAUUAAUAUCAGAGAGCGGGGGAAGCCAUGACAAGCGAUUUGUAAUGGAGGUUGAGGUAGAUACACAGAAGUUCAAGGGUGCUGGUCCCAACAAAAAGGUAGCAAAAGCCAGUGCAGCACUCGCUGCCCUUGAGAAGCUGUUCUCCGGGCCAAAUGCAGCAAAUAACAAGAAAAAAAAGAUUAUUCCACAGAGUAAAGGAGUGGUGAGCACAGCAGUAUCGGCAGCUGUACAGGCAGCUCGAGGACGGGGACGAGUGGCAUUGACACGGGGAGCGUUUGUGGGGGCUGCAGCUGCUCCUGGAUAUAUCACUCAAGGUUAUGCAGCCCCAUAUGGGUACAGUGCCGCAGCACCUGCUUACGGUAUCCCAAAGAGGAUGGUUCUACUACCAGUUAUGAAAUUUCCAGCAUAUCCAGUUCACCACUACUCCUUUUUUUAACAAACGCAGUGGACCAGACUGUCCAGAAUGUCGAAGACGGAGCUUAUUUUCUUUGACCGUGGGAUUUCCUUUGUAAAGACCCUUUUUUCCUACUUUUUUAUUUUAACAAAAAAAUAAAACUGAAUUUAGUUCUUUAAAACUUGAAGAAAAAUUGUACUGUGAAAUGUUACCUCAUUUACAGAUAACUUAACUCUUUUACUGCCAGAAGGCACAGCCAUGUAUAGAAAGUCUUAUCUGGCAACAGAGGUAGCAAGCCUUCUGUCCUAGGAAAGAUGUAGGCUACAAGCAUAUCUUUUAAAUGAAGUAUGAAACUGUAAAAUUAAUAAAUAAAUUUGUGAAGGAUGUAUGAUAUUAAACUGAUAACAAAAUAAAAUGUUUUGUCCUACA